UUUUAAUUUAUCGUGUCAGAAGUUUAGACAUAGCGAUAUUGAGAGAGAGAGAGAGAGAGAGAUUCAAAGGGGCUGAAUAGAUUUGGAGGGAAUCUGUGUUGUUGUAAGGAGGAGAUGGAAGUGACGACAGAUCGAAGCAGCAGCAAAGACGCAGAGCUUGAGCUCUACACCAUCCCUGCUCAAUCCAGUUGGUUCGUAUGGGAUGAUAUACACGAAAUCGAGAGACGCGAGUUUACCGAGUUCUUCAGUGAGAGCUCUAUCACUCGAACCCCAAAGGUCUACAAGGAGUACCGAGAUUUCAUCAUCAACAAGUACAGAGAAGACACCUCUCGCAGGCUCACCUUCACCAGCAUCCGCAAGUACCUCAUCGGCGAUGUCAAUUUGCUACGGAAAGUGUUUCUCUUCCUUGAAAAAUGGGGUUUGAUUAAUUUCCUCCAGAAAAAUGAUGAUCUGGUGGUGGAGGAGAGUGAAGCUAAGAUCGAACAAGGGACCACCCCCGCUGGGAUUCGAGUUACUUCUACCCCUAAUUCGACGAGGCCUGUUAUAGCACCUCCCCUUGUUGAGGAAAGAGCUGAGCCUGCCCUCACAUUUCCCCCAUUGACCUCUUAUUCAAAUGUUUUCAAGAAGCCUGCAUUGUUUUGUGCGCAUUGUGGACAACCUUGUCCUUCUCAUUCUGCUGCUUUCUAUGAACAUAACAACAAGAGUAAUGUCAACUUAUGCGAAAAAUGUUUCAAGAAUGGAGACUAUGGGGGGAACAAUUCCGCAGAUGAUUUUAAGCUGAGUCUGAGUUCUGCUACAGCUGCGUGGACCGAGGAAGAGACCCUCCUCUUGCUUGAAUCUGUGCUCAAACAUGGAGACGAUUGGGAACUCGUUGCACAAAGUGUUUCUACCAAGUCUAGACUUGACUGUAUCUCCAAGCUCAUUGAGCUCCCGUUUGGAGAGUUUCUGAUGGGUUCUGCCUCCGGAAGACUCAGAUCGGAUGAACACCUUUCGUCUCCAUCCAAUCUUGUGGAAGAGAUGAAAACUGACGGACAAGAACACAAGGAAACAGAGACGAGGGAAGAAAACGAAGAAGACGAGCCUCCAGCAAAAAGGAAACGUGCUGCAAUGAUGUCAGAUGGUGAUACUUCACUUAUGAAACAGGUCGCAGCAAUGGCAUGCAAAGUUGGUCCAUCUAUCACAACCGCUGCUGCAAAAGCUGCAAUUGCAGCUCUUUGUGAUGAAGCCUCUUGUCCUAAAGAUAUUUUCGAGACAACCGGUGAUUACAAAAACUCUGCAGCUGACAGAUCUGUUGGAGACAGAGAUACAUCAGAUAUUGAGGAACAAGAAGAAGAGAAAGAGGGGCUUGAGGACCUACCCGUAGGUUUAAGGAUGAGAGUGUCAGUGGCAACAGCUCUUGGAGCUGCGGCUGCUCACGCAAAAAUACUGGCUGAUCAAGAAGAAAGAGAGAUGGAAUUGUUAGUUGCGAGUGUAAUUGACCAACAGCUGAAGAAGAUGAAGAGCAAGUUGAAGUUUCUGGAGCAGUUGGAAGUGAUAAUGGAUGCAGAAGAGAAAGUGAUGGAGGGUGCAAAGGAUACAAUUCUCCAAGAGAGGAUUAGCGUUUUGCAAAGCGCGUUUAGUGGCGGUAUUACCAAACGUUGGGAUCAUACGUACAUGAAAUAAAGAAUGAUCCUUCUAAUUAAUGUAGAUCAAGGAUUUGUUAGUCCGUAGGAGGAUUGAUGGUUGAGAGAUUAAAGAUGGACUUGUUUGUUUUCACUUUUGGCCUUUUUUUUUUUUUGAUGGUGUCUCCUUGUUAUUACAUGUAUGAGUUAUGGGAAUGACUUUUUUGA